UUGUGUCUCGUUUUCUACUGUUUCUUGAAAUGUCAUCUCGUUACACAUCAUCGUACACUCCGUCCUCUCGAUACGGAAGUGGUUGGGAUUACUCGAGCUCUUACUCGAGCUCACGUACUAGUCGUGACAGGGAUACCGGUAGUUAUCGUGACAGAGAUUAUUCAUCAACAAGUUACACGUCAACUAGGCCUAGAUAUUCGACCUAUGCUUCCAAGUACUCGACGGAUCUCGGAAAGUCAACUGAUAAAGGAAUGGAUGACUACUCUGCCGCCCCAAUUGCCAAGGACGAGAUCGAGGAGCUCUCCUACGACGCUAAGACUCCAACCACUCCAACUGAGGAGACCGUCGAUGCUCCUCGUGAGGUUCUUCAAGAGAGCCAGAUCUCUGACUUUGUCGAGGAGGACGACGAUCAGCAAACCGAAGUUGAGGAGGUCAAGCUGACUCUCGCAAGCGAGCCUGAGGAGUCAGAAGAGGAGGAGGACGACGAAGACGUUCGCAAAGCUCAGGAGCUUCUUGCUGCCAGCACUCAAAUUCGUGAGAGCUCUCCAGUCUCUUCACCAGUCAAGGAGGUUUCUUCUGCUGCUUCGUUGUUUGCCAAUGACAACGGAAACGAGACUGAAAACCGCACGCCAAGCCCAACUGUGUUGAACGCAAAGAAGCUCGGAGGUAUUCCAUGGCCCCCAAAGUCGAGCGAUGUGAAGAAGGAGGGCGGCGACGCUGAGGCAUUGCCAAAGAAACGUGUCAGCGACUUGAUUGCUCGUUUCAACACCGGAGUCGUCGAAGAGUCGAAGAAGACCGACGACGCUUACAAAAACGAGUACGGAGCCGGAACCAACGUUGGAAAAGUUUCAACUCACAACUUUGCCUAAGUACCCACACAUUGCUGGUUCUGUAAUUUUUUGCUUUAAAAAUCAUAUUAAUCUUAUUUUUUUGAAACACUGCUUCUCUUCGAAAAUACAAAUGUAUUUCCGAUAUUUUAUUGUAAUGAAAAGUGCAAAUAAAGUUAAUUUCUUG